GGCAAUAUCAUCAAUAAUAGGAUAAUAGUAUAGAUUCAAUUCUUUUUCAAGAUGAAACUGACUAUUUUAACCGUGUGUUCUUUGGUCCUUCUUCAAAGUUUUGUUAACCCACUUGGUUUCGAUUUGCCAACCAUCAAAGAUAUUUUGCAAGGUUCGAAAGAUGUUUUUAUUGGCACCCUUACUAAUGCGGGUAGCUUUCUCCCAUCACCUGCUGAACUUUUUGGCGGUACAAAGAAUCUUCUUGCUGGAAUGCCAUUAGAAUAUGUAUCCACAUCGAUUAAUUCAGUUUGCUCAACAUUGAUGUCUUCACAGUCGGUUAUACCAAAAAUUAUGCCAGAUAAGAAUUCAAUAAAUUUCCAACUGAUGACGGCGUGCAACAAGUACACAUACUCAGUACUUAGUCCAGGCGACCUUCUGAACAAUACAGAAUUCGAUGUAACCAAGAAAACGGUCAUUUUGGUAACUGGAUGGAGGACAACAAUCACAUCAUCCAAAACAAUUGAAGAACUAUCCAAGGCCUAUAUUUGUCGAGGUGACGUUAACUUCUUGGCAAUUGACGCUGCUUCUUACGUGGAUACUCUAUUCUCCUGGUCAGCUUUGAAUACAGAAAAAAUCGGAGAAUAUCUUGGAGAAAGUUUGGUGAAACUAGAGACGGUAGUCCCUCUGGAAAGUAUCCAUCUUAUUGGGCACAGCUUAGGGGCUCAUAUUUGCGGUUCUGCAGGACGUACAUUCAACCAACUAACUAAUAGAUUUAUACCCCGUAUCACAGCUCUGGAUCCAGCAAAACCAUGUUUCAAUGAAGGCGAGAGCCUUUGUGGUCUGAUGCGUGGCGAUGCAGACUUCAUCGAUGUGAUCCACACAAACACAGGUGUGUUGGGAAAACGUGACCCAACAGGGGAUGUAGAUUUUUAUCCCGAUGGAUUGGUACCAUUGCCAACAGGGUGCUUAACAGUUGUUUGUGCUCACGAACGAGCUUGGUUGUACUACGUAGAAUCUGUGUAUCCGGGAAAUGAAUAUAAUUUUAUGGCAAAACGUUGCACAUCCUUGAGUAAACUUAAACAAAACAAAUGUACAGGUGUAGCAGUACCAAUGGGAUAUGCUGCAACAAGUAAUCUAAAGGGAAAUUAUGUCCUUGAAGUGAGAGGCUCAGCACCGUUUGGUAUGAAUGGCAGCAAAACACGUGAGGCACAAUACGCAACAUGUGGUACAUGUGCAAAGUCCAGUACAGUGGGAAGUACUCAAUCCAGUUCAGUUUUCAGACCAAUUAAAUGGUUUAAGAAAUUAUUUUAAACAUUUUUGUAAACUAAUACAUUUCAACUACCCACAAAGUGAAAAUUUAAUUAAAGAAUAAAGCCAUGUUCAGUGUUUUGAGUAAAAUGUAAUAAAUGGUCUUUUUAUUAUU